GCUAUACGGUAUCGGGAACUGAUAUUUAGCUCUUAUUGGCAAGAACCGAACGUAUUAUUUCAGCGCGAGCACUGAAUAGGCACGGAUCGGAAAAAAAUCAAAUAUAAAGGCAAAAUGAACCAAAGUGAAAUUGUAAAGACCAGUGGCUACGAUUUACCCGUCUAUGGCGUGGACAAUGGUCAGUUUUUGAUUAUACACGUGCCUGCUCUUGUGUGCAUUUUUCUGAGCUUGAUAUGCGCGACCUCCGUUUUGGUCCUAUCUUUUAAGAAGCGGAGAAAACAAACUUUUUUCACAUGGUCAAAAAGUGAGCGUUUUGUGGUAUAUAUGGCCAUCUGCGAUGGUAUGUUCAACAUCGCACACAGUUUUGACCAUCUCCAUAUCGUAAUAUCUCGAAAUCACGUUCAUCCGAAGGAACUUUGCGAGCUUUACGCUUUCAUGUUGGUCGAGUUUAUUACCGCUCAGAAUCUUAUGGUCAACGUUGUAGCGAUUAAUGCUUUUCUGUUGAUUUACUUCAACAAGAACACCAGUUUUGGAAAAUACGAUUGGAAAAUUCUGAUCUGGAUUUUUGGAGUUCCAUUUAUUGGGGUCACGUCUGCGGCCAUUUCGGGUCAAUUGGGCCCAGCGGGGGCAUUUUGCUACUUUGACGGUGUGAAGGGGGUGGUCGCCAACAUCUGCUUCACUACGGUACCCCUCACCCUCAUCCUGGUCAUCAACACCGUCCUCUACCUCCUCACCUGGACACGCAUCCGAUCCGACUCGCGCAGAAUCAAGAAGACGAUAGGUCAAAAAUCACUCACCAUGCGAAUGGCCCACAAUGCAGCGCGCAACAUGACGUUUUUUGUCGCAGCCUUCUUCGUGCAGUGGUGGGCUUUUGCGAUAUAUGGCGUCUGGGCUCUGGUAGACGAUGUCCCACAAAUUCUGUUUCAGUUGGUCACAAUCUUUAACAAUCUUGGUGGCGUGGUCAAUCUAGGCGUGUACAUGUUCAUCCGAAAGCACACUCACGUUUCGCCACAGAAUCCCAGCAAAGACAUCACCGGUGAAACCCCGGCUUAAAGUUAACGCACAGAAUCCAUCUGUUUUUGUUUCAUGUUUACUUUUCAAAAAUAUUUUUUUUCAUUUUUAUCAUAUUACACUAUUUUACCUGGGUAUUCCAAAGUUUUGACAGAAAUCAAUAACUCUUUUUUCUAAUAACUAAGGAUAAGUUGUAAUUUUACCCACUUAUACCUAUCGCCCUUACUAUUUUGAUGUUGACAAUGAGAUACAAUUUUUUAAAUUUUAUUUUUCAUUCUUAUAUCAAAGGAACGUUGUUUGUCUUUUGUUAAAAUAACUUUUUUCAAAAUUGUUGUUAUCAUGUAUUAUAUGUAUUGUUUUGUUUGCAAAUAUGAUGAACAAAACAAUAAAAAAUAAAACAAUGGCAAUUAAGUCCUUAUAUCCUUACACGCCGAUAGAAAUAAUUUAUGUUCACCUAGUAUCAAUCAUGACUAUUGUAAACUAAGCAUGUGAAAUUAAGAUGCAUGGCAUUGAUUCUGCGCGCGAUCAAUUAAAUAGAUACGCUGCGCAGCAACUGUAUCUUCGCAAGGCGCUUCAAUUAAUACAAAUUGCAACAACCAUCUAAAUAACAUGAAGGAUACAUUUGUAAAUGCGAUGCGUUUAAAUACAGACCGCUUCCAAAUCAAAGAUUUUUUACGGAGGCAGCGUCUCUGAGUAUAGCAGUGAAAAUUAGUCUCAUGUUACAUUUGUAAAAAAAAAAAACCCCAGCAUUUGAAAAGGGUUUUCUUUGUAGAAUAGUUACAGAAAACACACUAAAUCUAAUUACUGUUUGCAGCAUAUGUUUGUGAGCACUGUAAAAAUCACUUGCAUUAUGUUAUAAAAAUGUGUUUUAUUCAACAUCAAAAAUAAUAAAAGCGGUAUAACGCAUUUUCUACGUAUAUCCCUUA